AUGGUGGAGACAGUUUACGUAGUAUCUCUCUUUGUGGCUGUGGGAGUAAUUUGUCCACCGUUGACAGGUAAACUAUCAUUCUAUUAGUAGAAAUGUUCUUCAAGCUUCCUGUCUCAUGUGGUUGAAUCAUUGUUAGAAAGAAUCUUGAAAACAUAUGGACGAAGUCGUUCGAGUUCAAAGCCGCAAGAAGUUCGAGCGCGAGGUCGGUUUGAGUUCUCGAAGGUAAACAAUCACUUAAGGAAAAGAUCCAAUCCACUAAAAGUCGAUUUUGCUUCGAGCAUAAAAGGGUUAGCUUUCACCUCGGCAUUUGUUUUCAAUUUGUGAGCUUAUAAAUUCGGAGGAUUGCCCAGAAGUUAACCUAACUCAAUCAUACUAAAUCAUACUAUCAUUGAGGAUGAACGAUGACAAAAUUAAGAUCAUUCCUUACGUCAAAAAAAACGUUCUUGAACAUGUCUUGGUUUUUGUUUUGGUUUGCCUUUGGCAGCGAGUAGAUACAAAGGGUAUUAUUAGAUUUCAGCUACAGUAUAAAGAUGAUAAAAGGCGCUUUAUCGGGUGUCCAAGUAAACACACCCGAUCAAGUGCAUGAUGUAAUUUAUAUUUAUACAAUAUAGUGAAGUAAUCUAUUGUUCUCAACUUCUUGCACACUUUUAAUUUUGUCGAGUUAAGUGUUUAAAUUCAUUCAUGUUUAUCUCUUAAGUUGAAGUUAUUUACCGUUUAAAUUCCUCGGUAGGGGAGCAUGGUAACGUUGCUGAAGUCUGAAUUUAACAUUUCGCUUGGCUUAGGAGUAAUUUCACUUGUCGUACAACGGGCAUUAACAAAAUGAUAUUCGGAGGUCAUUCAUGCAGUUGCGAAUGACUGACUAUUGCUACAAAGUUUCUAAUCUACCUUAGGUGAAUAAAUAAAUGACAAAUUACCAUCCCUGGGCAAAGUAUUCACCAUUCAAGUUUCUUCUUGUCGUCUUUUGUUUGUUGUUUUCUUUCUUUAUCGUUAAAAAUUUGAAAUACCGUAUAGAAAUACCUUUUAAAUAAUUUGUUUUAACAACGGUAUAAAUGUAUUGACUGUAGGGUGUAAUUAUUCAUAAUUAUAUCUUGUCUAGAAGCUACUGGGCCGUCGAAUCCUGUGCCAUGGCCAGUGAGGCUGGGAGGAACUGCGUAUCUGUUGUGUUAUCCUUUACACAGUGAACUUUCUUCUGUUAGAGAAGCACUUUGGUCGGUGUACAACCCUAAGCAUGACAAUUGGACUUCUAUUCUGGGGAUAGAUAGAUCGAACAGUCAGGCCAACUGCAGUUGGCACAUUAAGUCAUUUGCCAACGAUUCAAGAUACACCUUAUAUGGACCAAAUCACAUUUUCCUUAAAUUAGGCAAAGUGAUAGAGGAAGACAUCGGAACAGAAUGCAGGUAUCAAGAAAACAUUUUGUAAUUUAGAGAUUUCACAUUAAUGGGCACUUAAGAAUGAUUUCAGAGAAGUGAAUUAUGUAACAGCUGUAUUUUAAAAAUCUGAUUCAAGAUCGAAGUAACAGAGCUCGAUCGUGAAUUACUUUUUUGUUUCAAAUAAGACAGCACGGGCCAGAAUAUAGUCAUAAACUGAUAAUUAUUGAACUUAAUUGAACUUUAUUAUUGAAAUUAAUUUUUCUUAUAAUGGUGUAUUGGUGCUAGCUGGAGAAAAGUGAUCAUGAUCAUUACUCUUAGUAUUUUAAGAGUUAAUAUUCAUAAUGAUUGUGACGCUGACUUCAUAACCCUAUACAUCCCUGUAGAACAGUCCCCUUUUGAAAUGAUUGUAGCAAUUGGUUUCUUUCGAUGUAUUUUUUUAUGUGCUUUGUAUCAUACGUGCGAAAAAUUAUGUACAGUAUUAAACUGUUACUAAAAUUUAAUAUACCUGAAAUCUUUCACAUGAUUUAUAUACAGAUGCAGUGUCUCCACCUGGGAAUCGGUUGAUCUCAAACCAGAAGGAAUACACUACAUUUUAACCCUCUUGGAUGAUUCAAAGGAAGGUAAUUAAAUAUAGUGAUACUUCAAAAAUUAAUAUUAAAUAUUAAGUUGUCAAGUUAUAUUGAGAAGGAAAACUACUUCUUCAGUGAAAAUAUUUAUUUGAUUACUUACUGAAGGCUUUGCAAAGAAUGUAAUUGCCCACGCCAUAGCACGCACAGACAGUAGACAACAAUCACAUCAUUCACUCACAAUCUGACGAAUCAAAAAAACUGAGUUUUCUUACUUGACCAGAUGUUGCCUUCAGCUUCGUAAACAAGAGCUCUGUGUGCAAGAUUACCCCAUGCCCGUUUAGCAGCCUAUUGAAAAUUAUAAAUUAUUAAGACAGGACCUAAAAGCGUUCUUAAAAGAUAUUAAAAAGACAACAGCCCCCGGGGGGGGGGGCUAUAUAGGUAUGUGCCGCUGUGAAGGGUAUGGUUUUCAAGCAGUUUACUCUAGGAUAGGGUAUAUAAAUCAGAGCGUUUGGGUCUAGAAUAGGGUAUCAUUUUUCAGGAAACUGAUCAGUUGGUUGAGGAUUCUAUCUAGACUAGGGACUGUGGUAUAAGGUUUUGUUUUGGCUAGACUGUGCUAGUGACCUCAGUGGUUUCUAGAAAACAGCUACUCCAGAAUAGGGGGGAUUUGUGGAGUUUACUCUCAGUAUAGAGUAGCAAAAUUCAGCUGAACUAGCACUGGUAUAGCUUAAGGGUUUUAGGGUCCCACCAGCACAUCCCCACCCAGAAAUUCCUAAAGUACUCCCCCCCCCCCUCCCCGGGACAACAGCAUGCCUUAAACAAAGUACUGUAAGGACUUGCAUCCACUCGAACAGCUCAUGACAAAUAAUUAUGUAAACUUUCGUUGAAAGACGGAACUUGCUUUGCUAAUGAAAGUAUACCCAUAAAUCCUUGAAGCCUCGUCUUUCAUGGUUUAUACCUAAGUUUUAAGCGACAACACUUUUUCAGUCAGGUAUAUCUGGUAUUAUUCAUCUUAACUGAUGAAAAUGCAAGGUAGGGAUUUCAAUAGCAUAGCACGCAAAUGACAUCAGAGUGACUAUAAAAUUUGCAGUGGUUUAUUUUUGUCUGAGUUUUGUCAAUUUUCUCGUUUUAAUGACAUGAGGAAUUCACUAAAUUUGUCUGAGUUUUGGGUCUAUAAAUAGUAACUGCGCGCAGUGCUAAUUCAGCUUCCCCAGGGUAUUACUGAGGCAGGACUGAAUGAACAACAGAAUGAAGGAUGAGUAUUUACAGUCUGUACAUUAAAUUUUAAAUAGGCUGAAGAAGAAAGUUUGAAUACAAUAUUAGCAUAGAAAUUGAGAAAAGGGCUUUAUUUUUACUUACAGGUUAAAACAGCUGAACUUCAAAUUUAUUGCAUCUUUACCUUCCCUUGCCCAUGGUCUAAAAGGGAAAAAUGGGAAAAAAAAAAUUUUUCUAAUCAUUCCUCAGCUAACCAUUAUAAUUAUAUUAAUUUAUUGUUACAAAAUUAUAAUAACAACAAAUACAAACAAGAAAAAAAAACAUUUAUUAGCUGUCAUAUGCUUUGAAGUGUAGCUAUGCAUGCACAUUGACCUUAACUAUGAUAACUUUUAGUUAAAAUGACUUUGGGGAUUGUAGUUGCCUGCCAAAUAUACAACGUCUCUUUCAAGUUCACCUGAGCCAACUAAAUAUAAUUCUGCACCGGCACUAUUUGGUAUUAUUGAUUUUGAACUUCUGUUGUGAUGAUACCCUCUUUCGCGAGCAAAAACAUUUACACACCCGAAGAAAACGCCUGCACUGCAGGCUAAGGUUAAUGCUAAAUCUAAUCUAAAUUGUGUGAUAUAUUAUUACUAUUUUUUAAUUCUAGCUUCUCCACCAACUACACCGCUGGCCACAACAACUACAUGGUCAGGUAAGCUAUGUACAGAAACCUGCUAAAAAAUGUCUGGUUUUAAUAUAAAAGGUAUUAAUAUUAAUUUUCAUAAUUUACUUAAUUCUAUGCUCAGCCGAUCAGGUCAAUAAUAAAAAAUCAGGUUAAUGCUAAAUCUAAAAUUGUGUGAUUUAUUUUAACAAUUAUAGCUUCUCCACCAACUACACUGCCGGCCAGGACAACUACAUGGCCAGGUAAGCUUAUGUACAGAUCGAAGCCUGCUAAACAAAUGUCCAUAAUUUGUAGGCAAGGACAGCUAGGACAGAACACUUUAAGAUGCAUUUGUAAAUUCUCCUGCAAUGACUUAUAAUAAAAACAACAUUCUGCUCUGAUGGUCUUUUUUAUCACUGGUUCAACUGAGUCAACUAAACAUUUUUACCGGCACCAUUUGGUAUCAUUGAUACUUGAUAUUUGGUAUCAACCCUCUGGUUUUAAUAAAAGGUAUUAAUAUUAAUUUUUCUAAUUUCCUUAACAUUAUGCUCAGGUCAAUAAUAAAAAAAUCAGGCUUAUAACUGUUAAUCUUAAAUAAUUGUGUGAUUUAUUUUUUUUUAAAUCUAGCUUUUCCACCAACUACACUGCCGGCCAUGACAACUACAUGGUCAGGUAAGCUACAUACAGAAGCCUGCUAAAAAAAUGUCCAUAAUUUGUAGGGAAGGACAGGACAAAACACUUUAAGAUGCACUUGUAAGUUAUCUUGCAAUGACUUAUAAUAAAAACAACAUUCUGCGCUAUGGUUUUUUACCACUGGUUCAGACUGUGGUCUUGAAACUGAUUGCAUGGUCUUGUAAACUCGGUUUUCAACUAACAGUCCAGAAAACCUUCCAAAGGCUGGUGUUUAAUUCAUUGGCAACUGCUGUAAAAUCAGUAUGGGUUAACAGUCAAGUGAGGUGUUCGGAGCAAAACAGACUGCUGGCUUGGAUCACAUGGCUAUAUUAUCAGCUUGUGUGUGUGUGUGUCUUCAAGACAAGUGUGGCGUGAUAUUAUUCUCGCAUUGCCUUAAUUUCAUUGCACAAUUUACAUUUACACCUUCAAUAAAAGUCUGUAAGGUUUUUUUUUUUGGUGAUAGCUUCUCCAACAACAACCCACCACCUUUAACUACACAUCCAGGUAUACGGUGUAUACUACACUGUGUAGCCUUUAAGUAGAUAGCACAAUAAUAAACUAUCUGCAUUUAAAAGGCUGAUACACUGUACCUGGAUGAAUAGUUAAAGGUGGUGUUGUUGUUAGAGAAGCUAUCACUAAAAUAGAAACCACAAGUGACAGACUUUUAUUGCAGAUGUAAAUUUCUGUCCAGGGCCUGAUUAACAAUGAGAAUAUUUUUGUACCUAAAUGCAUGUUAUACAAUAUAUUCAUUUAUUAUUAUAUUUAAUACCAUAAAAAAAUUACUUUCUUGAAGAAAUUCAUCAGGCUACGUAGUGAAGUUAAUUAGUCGAUUUAAAUGUUCUUAAAACAUAGCCAGUCUUAACGUCUUAAUGAUGCUAACAGUUUCGAUGACUGUCAGCCAUCUUUUAUCAAAACUUGAAAAACAUUAAAAGUGUCAGAAGCCUUAAAUAGGCUUCUGAAGGUGUUAAUUAUUUCAAUAAACACACAAAGUCACUCUGUAGACGCCCCCUCCCCCCCCUGGUUUGGGGGCAGAGAUCACUUGUGUCCAUAUGGGAGAAAGCUGAUAGGCUCCCUCAUCCCUGUUCAUAGUAGGAGUGUUCGAUCUAAUACAUAUGCUUUCCUUGAUCCAUCGCUUAAACUUUUCGCUUUCCUGCUCAACUAUUUCACUUGCUUCCCAAUUUGAAUUCAUAAUAUGAUUGUUCCGACAGGAACGUGGUCUGUUAUGCACAAGAAAUAUCAAGAGGAGUGGUGACUGUCCCAUAUGUCGGGUCCAAGUCUUUCACGGAGAAAACACAGGGUAGCCACAGUGGUUAAACCUCAAACCACCCUCAGACAGGUUUUAGUUCACCCAGAGGACAAAGUUGAGAAGCAAAAAAAGGCUGGAGUGGUGUACAAAAUUCCAUGCAGCCAAUGCGAAAAGGUAAAUAUCGAUCGGUGAAACAGGGAGACAGCUGGAAACCAGGAUCACAGAACACAGAAAGGAAGCGGAAAAGAUCUCUGACAGAAAUUUCACAAGAUCCACCUGCAGAGCUUCUACCAAUGAACACUAUAAAUCAGCGACAACAGACCAGGUUCCUGUCAGAACAAUGAUAUAUUAUGAAUUGGGAAGCAAGUGAAAUAAUUGAGCAGGAAAGCGACAAGUUUAAGUAAUGGAUCAAGGAAAGCAUAUGUAUUAGAUUGAACAUUCCUACUAUGAACAGGGAUGAGGGAGCAUCUAUCAGCUUUCUCCCAGAUGGACACAAGUGAUCUCCACCCCAAAACCAGGGGGGAGGGGGCGUCUCCAGAGUGACUUUGAGCGUUUAUCGCAAUAAUUAACACCUUCAGAAGCCUAUUUAAGGCUUCUAACCUUUUAAUGUUUUUCGAGUUUUGAUAAAGAUGGCUGACAGUCAUCGAAACUGUCAGCAUCAUUAAGACGUUAAGACUUGCUAUGGUUUAAGAACAUUUAAAUCGACUAGUCAUAAAAAAUUAAUUCCAUAACAAAAGAAAAAAAAGGACAUCUGCACUGCAUCAAUGUUCUAUUCUCAUCACAUAGUUGAUGGACAGUGGUCCAACUGGGGUACCUGGUCUAGCUGUACCAAAACAUGUGGUCAUGGGAUAAGCACUCGUGAACGCAUGUGUGGUAAUUCUCAUCCUGCCUUUGGUGGAGUAACAUGUGAUGGUAAACCAUUUGAAGCAGAAGUUUGUCUGGUUCAAACUUGUCCAGGUACAAUUGUGUAUUAGUGUGUUAUGGAUGAAUUGAAUGUCUAGAGCGUAUUAAAUAAUGUUUAUGGCUAGCUGUUAAAAACAUUUUAUUUCAAGUUAUUGAAAUGGAAUCGUAUUUUUAGAUUUGACUAUUAAGGUAUUAAAAGCUAUUGAAGAGAACUUGAGUGAGCAAUUUGCAUGAUGACCUGUCUUUUGACUACUACUACCAGAAUCUUACAGAGUUUUGCUUUCUUCUGCAAUUGGGGCUUUUACGUUAUUGUGGAACCUCACUGGGAUUACCAAAUUUCAUUAUGAAAGAUAAAGAUUUAAAAUGAUAAAAUUGAUGUAAUAAUAAUAAUAAUAAUAAGACAUCUACAUAAUGCACAAGUCAUUUUCUGUAUCACUAAUUGAUGGCCUGCACCUGGGAUACCUGGUCUAACUGCACCAAAACAUGUGGUCAUUCGAUUAGCACAUUAUAACAUUGUCAUUACUUAAUUAAAAGAAAACGGUUUGUCAUGGGUUGUAGUUUUUCCAUGAGAAUCAAAGAAUGAUAAUUAUUACCUUUUACUAUAAAUUAAAUGAAUUAAUACCAUUGCACUCUUCUUUUCCUUUUUUUUCCCUCCCAUCCUGCAGGCCACUCAAGUUCCAACAAAGCUUGGAAAAUUGGCUGUCUAGUACUAGCCUUGCUCCUUGCUUCAGCCAUUGUGGUGAUAAUCUACAUGUGCUACAAGUGCUGUAAAGUACCGGUAACCCAUGCCCCUCAGGGUGAUGCUGUAAAUAACAGAAAUGGGAUUUUUUAUAGAAACCACAAAUACUGGACAGAAGGUCAACACCAUAAUGAUGAAGAUGAUGAUGAAAUGCUAAACAUUUGA